AUGGAGGCGCAGACCUUCUUGCAGCUGCCACCCCAUCUUGUUGAAGAUUCGGCCUCCAAUCACGGCUCCUCCGUUGCCGGCGACUGCUUCGACGACGACUUCCUUUCCGAUGCUGGCAGAGAAUCGCCCUCCAAUGCCGACUCGCUGGCUGAGGACUCUGACGAUGAGGCUGUCGCAGUCAGCUCGGCGGACAUGGCCCGGUUGCGGGCCAUGAGCUAUGACCGCUCGCGCGACCUCAGCUGCGAUUGCGACGACGACAAGAAACACAACGCCAACGACAACUGCGACCAAACCCGGACUCGACCGCGGACUGGACAACGCCCUCAGCUUCGAAUCCAAGACGUCGAUCUGGAUAUGGGCGACAACGACAACGCGUAUCACCCUCUAGUCAGCAUCUUGCCACGAGGCACAAAGCCCGUCAGGCUGGUUGGCGAAGGCGCCGCCAAUGCCGUCUUCGAGAUCAAAGUGCCCCCAGGCAGCCGCGUCGGUGCGCAGUUCCAAGGCAAACUCCUGAGGGUGGCCAAAGCCCCGUCUCUUGGCCGCGCUCCAACUCCCUCCGACUAUUACCUCCGCCAACAGGAAUUCUUCGUCCAUGAUAUCCAGCCGCACCUCGGCGAACAUGCCGUGUCUCAGGAGCUGGUGGUGCUGCACAAGUCCGGCAUUGUGGACGAUCUCAACGCCAUGCUUCGGGAUAUGAACCACCUACGCAAGCCUAAAUUUCAAAACUCUUUCAUUGGCCACGCCUCUUGGGGCUUUCUUGUGGAGGACAUGCGGCCCAACGGCGACGAUGGUUCUAUCCUUAUCGAGUUCAAACCCAAAUGGCUUCUUCAGUCACCCAGCGCCCCUAAAACUGCCAUCAGAUGCAGGCAAUGUGCCCUGGAACUUCGCAACUAUCUAAAAACGCCUGGCGCCAAGUCUCCGCGCCCUGAAAGGAGACCCUGUCCGAUUGCGCUUGCAAAUCGCGACUGUCCUCAGCAAGUCGCGUCACCUUUCCGAAUUGCUCCGCAACUCUCCGACCUACAGGACGACAAACGUCUCCAGACUAUUCUUGAUAAAAUUAUCCACCACAAGGCAAUCCGAAAGCUGAGGGACUGCCAAAAGAGCCUCGAUCACUCCGGGCCCUUGCUACCCCCCACCAACUUGGAUUUUGUCGUCGCCAUGACGUUGCGCGACUGUACGUGCUUCGCAUUAAUUCCUUCUGGCGACGGCGAGGAAAUCAAACUUCGGUUUGGCGACUUCGACUUUAAAGACCCCCAGAAGAAAUUCAACCACUGGCGCGGCACGGAACAAGACCUCAUCGAAGGCGGUUUCUAUACUGCCGACUGGGUUGUUUGCGGUGAUUCAUACUAUCACCCGCCGUCACUGUGCUCGCUAGAGUGGUCAGGGGACCCUCGUACGGGAGACGCAGUCAUUCUUCUUAUGGAAGAGAAUACCACGAAACAUAAUAGGCACUCUAACUGCCAAAAUAAUGACUUUCCUUCUUCUGCGAAGACCGGGAAAACGGUAUACAGGCAUACGGCGGAUCUUGCGGCACUACACAAGGGCCUGGAGCCCUUUAAAAGAGAAAUAGAAGGCGCACUAUCGGAUUCUAUUUAUAACAACCCCCUGAGAUGCGAUCCCAGAUGAGGACGACGAAUCUUGUACUAUGAAAAUAUAAUCGGUCUGGGUCUUUUUUGGUGGGCGGGUUACUUUAUCCUUUCCCCUUUUCUUUUUUCUUUUUCUCUCUUUGUCUUGUCCCCAGAACUUGCAUUGGAACUUUCAAAAAGGGGCGUCAAAAGGCUAUCAAGGUAGGGGGGAAUGCAUCCUGGAGGACGCAGCGAAUGGGUCAUGGGAAGUGCUAGGAUAAGCCGCAUGGAACACAGAACGGCGGCACUUUGGUCUUACUGGGUUUAUAAAAUACUAUUAUUGCCGGUAUAUAUUUCUUUCAGCUGUACUUGCGAUAGAUUAGAUGGCUUUAUAUUCUUUUUAAUUGAAUUGCCUUAAAGAUCUAUAAUUAAGUACCACACAAGUCCCAAUUACAAUAACGCCUUUACAAUGACCAGUGAACCGAUGAUUAAAUGUCAGAUAUCGUGAAACUCAAUAAACUUCCUGAUGCAAGACCAGCUACCAGGCACAGGCCCAUGAAUCCGCCAGUAGCCUCUCGCUCAUUGUCUUCAACCCACUCUCCCGAAGCAAUCAUGAAGCUCGAUCCAACCCAUCCGUUAGUCAAGCCAAAGACAAGUUGAACGAUGAAAAGAUAGAAGAAGUCGCUCGGGACGAUGGCUCCCCGGCCGUUGAUGUUACAGAGGAGGUAGAGCGGGAGAAGCGCAAUUCUAGCCACGGCCAGCGCAAAGAGCAGAACCGGUCUGUGGGAAAGCGAAAAGGGUAGGCUGGUGGCGAUGCGGCCGAGGAGAUCGCCAAUGUUCCAGAAGAGGAAGCCGACGGGGAUGAAGACGGCCGGCUGGAAGAGGAGUCCGCCGUCCUUGUGCACGGAAAGGAUCUUGACGGUGAAGACGGGGAAGAACAUGGUGACGGCAAAGACCAGGGCCACACCAAAGGCGAGCCAGCGGAGCUUCUUGAGGAGGUGGAGCAGGGAGACGACCUUGCGGGUGGCGCGCUCUGCCUCUUCGAUGCUGGCCAUGGAGGAGGCGAGGUGCUCUGUGAGACGGUCGGCCACCAGGCGGUUG